AUGUCUCUCUUCUGUUGCCUGUCAUCCUUCUUUCCUUUUUCCACUCCAACCCCACCCCCUUUGUUCCCACCAUUUGUGGCCCUGGACCAGGUGGAGAAAUGGAACCGCCGCGACCAGAAGCUGCUGGAGGCAGUGCAGCGGGGGGAUGUGGGACGCGUGGCCUCCCUGGCCUCGAGGAAGUCGGCCCGACCCACCAAGCUGAACUCGAGCGGCCAGUCCUCGUUUCAUCUGGCAGCCUCCAAAGGCCUGACAGAAUGUCUGACUAUCCUGCUGGCAAAUGGAGCUGACAUCAACAGCAAAAACGAGGAUGGAAGCACUGCCCUGCACUUGGCCACCAUCUCCUGCCAGCCACAAUGUGUCAAAGUCCUGCUGCAGCAUGGUGCCAAUGAAGAUGCUGUGGAUGCAGAAAAUCGUAGUCCGCUGCACUGGGCAGCCUCCUCUGGCUGUGCCUCAAGUGUUCUCCUGCUGUGUGACCACGAAGCCUUCCUGAACGUCCCAGAUAAUGACGGACGUACACCCCUAAUGAUCGCAUCGCUGGGUGGCCAUGCAGCUAUCUGCUCACAGCUACUGCAGAAAGGUGCCCAGGUUAAUGUCACGGACAAGGAUGCCAAGUCGGCUCUGAUCCUGGCCUGUGAGAAAGGCAGCGCGGAGGUGGCCGAGCUGCUCCUGAGCCACGGGGCAGACGCAGGGGCGGUGGACAACGAGGGGCACGACGCUCUGCAUUAUGCUGUACGCUCGGAAGACAGGGAGCUGUGGAGGCUGCUCCGGCAGGCCCUGCUCCGGCAGGGGCGGCAGGGAGGUCAGGGGCUUGCUCAACAUCUGGAUCUUACAUCCCAGGCCUCCCCAUCAGAGUCUCAGGUGGGUUCUCCACCCCAGAGCCCGUGGAGAGCGGAGCCCGAGGAAGAGGAGGAGGAAGACCCAUGCCCGGAUGAGUGGAGGCGGAAGUAUGAAGAGGAGCAGAGGAAGGUUUCUCAGUUGGAGCAGGAGCUGGUGCGAAAGACGGAAGAGAGUGAGGCUCGAGCUGCAGCCUGCCUGGGCCUGGAGAAUGGGAUUCGAGAGCAGGUGCAGGAGCUGGGGCUUCUCCUCUCACCACAGCCUGGGACUCCAGGAGGGCAGGGCUCUAGUCUCCGGCCUGGAGGAGAUGGCAUGGAGCAGGGUUGUCCCCUGGACCUUCUGGCCGAGCGCAUUCAAGAACUAAAGAAGCAGCAGCAGGCAGCAGCUGCAGCUGCAGCCAAACGGGCGUUAGCUUCUAAGAAAGCAGAGGAUUCGGUCUCGGGGGAGGUCCCGUAUGAAGCCCCUGGAGGGGCCCAACCGGAAGAACAGGGGCCACCCCAGAGCCCCAGGUCUGAGACCAUUGGGAAAGUCACAGGACAGCAGCUGACCACCAGCGGUGGACAGGCCCUUGGCCCUGAUCACACCGACAAACCACGUGCUGACCAGAAAGAGGGGCCCGGGGCCCCAGGGGCUGAACCAGCAGGCACGGCGGCUGCACCAGUGGGCCCCAGAGACGUGAACCAGCUCCUGCUACAACUGAGGGAGGAGCUGGCCGCGGUGUGGCGAGAAAAGGAUGCCGCCCGAGGGGCUUUGUCAAGGCCGGUCCUGGAGGGAGCUCUGGGGACACCCCGGGCCGAGGCUGCGGCGGCCGCCUGGGAGAAGAUGGAGGCCAGGCUGGAGCAGGUGCUGGUGAGGCUGGACAGGGCCAAGGCGGGAUUACCCGUGAGCCCUGACGCCGCUGCCCGGCCCAGAGAGGGAGCCCUGCACGCCGGCCCAGAGACCACCUCCGAAGAGAAUGAAGGGGGGCGGCCAGGGGCUCCUGGGGCUCGCGGAGAGCCUCUAGGGGCCCCCGCAAGGGGACAGGUGCCUGGAGGAGGUCCGGCCAAGGGACGGUUGGAGAAGGAGGUGGCGGCCCUGCGGCUGAGCAACAGUAACCUGCUGGGGGAGCUGGGGCAGCUGGGGCAGGAGAGGCAGCGGCUGCAGGGGGAGCCGCAGUCCCUGAGCCAGCGUCUGCAGCGGGAUUUCGUCCCCAAGCCGGAGGCGCAGGACCAGCUGCGGCAGUUGCGGCGCAGCGUGGGGCUGCUGACAGAUGAACUGGCCGCGGAGAAGGAGGCCACCGAGCAGCUGCGGCAGCGCCUGGCCUCCCAGAGCAGUGACCUCCGCGGGCUGUGGGACGACCUGCCGCCGGACGUGGUGGGCAGGGGCGUCGCGGGGCGCACGGCGGCCGAACCCCUGGAGGAGCUGCGGGCCUGCAUCCGCGCCCUGGCCGACGGGCACCGCAAGGCCCAAGACUCGCUGGCCCGGCUGGAGCAGGAAAACCGGCGGCUGCGCGGGUUCCCCGGCCCCCGCGGGGAGCCACCCGGCACCUUCUCACAGGGCCCAGUCUCCCCCCAGGUGGCCGCUCUGGAGCAGGACCUGGGGAAGCUGGAGGAGGAGCUGCGGGCUGUCCAGGCCACGAUGAGCGGGAAGAGCCAGGAGAUCGGGACGCUGAAGAAGCUGCUGUACCAGGCCACCGAGGAGGUGGCCGAGCUGCGGGCCCGUGAGGCCGCCAGCCUGCGGCAGCACGAGAAAACGCGGGGCUCGCUGGUGGCCCAGGCCCAGGCUUGGGGCCAGGAGCUGAAGGCCCUCCUGGAGAAGUAUAACACGGCGUGCCGGGAGAUGGGCCGGCUGCGCGAGGCCGCGGCUGAGGAGCGGCGCCGCAGCGGGGACCUGGCGGCGCGGGCCGCAGAGCAGGAGCGCCAGGCCGCCGAGCUGCGCGGGCGCUCCCAGCAGUUUGAGAAGACGGCCGAGGUGCUCAGGGACAAGGUGGAGCAUCUCAUCGGGGCCUGCCGGGACAAGGAGGCCAAGAUCAAGGAAUUGUUGAAGAAGCUGGAACAGCUUUCAGAGGAGGUCUUGGCAGUGCGGGGAGAAAACGCUCGCCUUGCCCUGCAGCUGCAGGAUUCCCAGAAGAACCAUGAAGAGAUCAUCUCUGCCUAUAGGAAGCACCUGCUGAAUGCUGCUCAGGGUUACAUGGAACAAGAUGUGUAUAAUAUUCUGCUGCGAAUCCUCAGCAUACAGGAAGAGUGAGGCAGUCGGGGCCCUGAGGGGUGUGCGACUUCUCCUGAUUUCUCUGUUGGAGUAAGAGCAUCCCUGGCUUCCAGAGGCUCCAUCAGGCUUUGGAGGGUGGGGCCAGGCAUGGGGAUGGCAUGGGUGGGGCUCCACCUGACGCUGUGGACCCCAGACCUGAGAACCUGAAGCCUGGAGUCGGCAUGAGACCAGAGGAGAUGCACGGAGGCCAGCUCUAUGGAAAAUAAAGCAGGAGGUGGUGUGGUGUUGGGUGUCCCUGCUUUCUCUGUUCAAAGGCGAGUGGGGGAAGGACACUUUUUUUAAAAAUCACAAAUGGCCCCCAAUUAUGAUCCAUAGUAAGAAAUACACUACAUCGUGGCGCAUCUAACCUGAAAUAGUAUUUACCCUUACUAUUUUCUUUCUAGGAUGUUCUCUGCUGUUAUUCUCCACUGAAAAAAAUAUUGCUCAAAAUACAUCCAUCCGCCCAUGGGUCAAGACCCACAGGUUGAAAAAUAGCACCCUGUGAAAAUGGAGAUCGACACUCUUUCUCUUUCUCAAAUCUGUCUCUAAUCUUUUUUCUCUAUCUUGUGAUUCCUGCGUCCACUAUCUUUUUUUAAGGAGGAGAGACUGAGAGACCUGGAGUUUCUCCAAGAUGUAGAAUCUAAAAUAUUUGAUGGUGUGUCAAACCGGGCUUCUAGAUCUGAGGCACAGGGCUCACAUGGUCCAUGUUCUUUGCCCAGGUACCAAGAGGGGUUAAAAGUCUGAUUCCUGGGGAAGGGAGGAAGGGAUACACAGAGCUGGCUUCUUCCCUCCAGUUCUGUCCUCAGACUGAAAACCGUGGAUCUCUCUUGGCCACUUCCCGUGGGUCUCCUCCCCUUCGUGUCCCUCCACCAGCCAGACUGCUAGGUGUGAGAGAGGCAGCAAAUUCCUCCCCAAUCUGGAACUGCAUUUGGCCCCCUCCUUGGUCCCUCUCCCAGCCUACCCCCUGCUGGGUUAGGCUGGGUGGGAGGCCACGGUUUGGCAGUAAACAGCCUGCCUGGGUUGAGAGGAGAGUGUGGAGGGGCUGCUUCGAAGACAGGGGCCCACAGGGGGGCUGCAGGGCCUGGCUCCAGGGUUUGGGCCAGAAGAGAGCAGCGGGGUAUAGAUCACAUCCUAGAGAGGAUGAGGGUCAGCUUUAGGAUUUAUGCAAAUGGGCACAGGACUGCUUUUGGGCGUGAAGAAUGGAGACUGGAGGGGUUGAUGGAGAAAGAGAGGGUACAGCUGCCAGAGGAAGAGCAUCUGAAAGAUUGAGUCAUUUCCAUUAAGGGGAACAGAACCUCUCUUUUCUUUGAGUUACCAAAGAAUCUCAAAGGACUGUUACAAUCAUUAUUUAUGGA